AUGUCCACAGUCACGGACGACGUCGCGACGCUCUACGCCAAGAUUGCCGACUCCGAAGGCACCCGCCUGGCCGUCCACCCCAUGGAGCGCGAGCUCACCCUCCGCACCAUCCUUGCCCGCCUCCCCUCUCCCUCCGGCGCCGUCAUCGCCGACAUUGGCGGCGGCCCCGGCCGCAUCGCCUUCGCCCUCGCCGACGCCGGCCACCUCGUCGACCUCGUCGACCUCACCCCCACCCUCAUCUCCAUGGCCCAGCGCGAGCAAGAUCACCGCCGCGGCACCUCCCCCGCCGCCCCCCUCCUGCGCAGCAUCGCCGUCGGCAACGCCCUCCAUCCACCCUCGCCGGAGGCGGAGGGCGCGUACGACGCCGUGCUGCUCCUCGGCCCGCUAUACCACCUCCUUGAGGAGUCCGAGCGCCGCGAUGCCGUCUCCCACGCGCUGCGGCGCGUCCGCCCGCGCUCCGGCCUCGUCUUUUGCGCGUUCGUCAGCGUCGCCGCGCACCUGCGCGACGUCGCCGUGCGGGACCCGGGGAAGCUCCUCCGCGGGGGCGACUUUUACCAUAAAUACCUCCGCACGGGCAGGUAUGAGUCCUUCAAGGAGGCGCUCGGCGUCACCGCGCAGGGCUACCACACGUGUGCGGCCGACGCCCGCGCGUUUCUGCAGAGUCACUUUGCCGGCGAGGCGGAGCUGGUCGAGAUGCGGUCCACUGAAGGCAUCCUGGGAGGCGGCCUCGAUGCCAAGCUCGAGGAGGCCGGGCCCGAGGUUGUCCAGGCCUGGGCCGACCUCAUGUACCAAGAGUACUCGACCAAGGAAGAGUUUCUUGGCUGCGCCGACCACCUCAUCGCUAUCCUCCGUCGAAAGUGA